AUGCUAGAGACUGAGACCAGACCGAAGCCCAGGGGAAGAGGGCCCAACAGGUCGUCAAAGAAACAGAAGGAUGGCCCAGAUACGCGCACCUCGCCACAGCUGCUCGAGAUCCAAAAGCUGAUUAAGAGAUUCAAGCCCAUCACAGUUAAUGGUAUAUCCGUUGAUUCGCUCUCCAAGCCUCUGGACGAGUUUCUGGCCGCAGCCACCGCCGACAAAUCAAGCGACCUGUACCUCUCCUUUCUCUUGAAGCCUUCAGACCCGGACUUCCCCUACGAUCUCGACUUUCUGAACCUCUCGCUCUGCAUCCCUGGCACGUAUCCCUACAAAGGCAAAAACCCGUCGGUUGUGGUGCUCAACGACGACAUCCCGCGAGGACACAGUGUGAAUGUGGAGAUCGGGUUUCGUGAGAUUGCCGCGCUGGCAAUGGAGCGACGGAAAAAGAGGCCUGCAGAGUCCGAGCUCCAGAUGGUGUCCGGAAACGACUUGCUAAGCAUGGUGUUGACGCUGGACAAAUAUCUGGAGAGGUUUUUGUCUAUGGAGAAGAAAGACACAAUCAAGAUUGUGAAGACGAUCAAGAAAGAGACGAAGCCGCAGAAACACGAAAAGAGGGAGAAGGAGAAGCCCGUGGAAAACUCGCUACGGGCAGCAGAGAUCGACAGGUUUCUCACCAGACUGCGCUCUCUGCAAAUAAACCUGUUCAAGGAGACCAACCAGAACUCGAUCUACAAGUUUGAGCUGCCGUUUGAGGACGACGCGUUCACCAUCUCUAUAGACAAUCUGCAGGACAUUGUGAUUCAGAGACUCGUCGUGAAGCUUAGCAUACCAAAAGACUAUCUCGUGAACGAGAAACGAGGAAUCAAACUGGAGGUGGAUCUUUCCAACAGCAGCAACAUGGACCUGAUCAACUCCAUCGAAGACAAGAACCUCAAGCUGAUUUUUGGCAAGCUGAUCAGCAACAUGAACGCCAACUUCGCCCAUGCGUCCGUGGAAAUGGUGAAAGCGAAAAAUACCAGCAUCACGUCGCAAAUCAACAUGUUUGUGCAGAACAUCGAGAAGUUCCUGCGUGCGCCUGCGGACUUUGCGCGCUGGCUGGGAGCUAACGAGACGCUCAACGAGUCGCUACAGGCGGAGACGCGGUGUACGGAUGUGUAA